UGCUGCUGUCGCCAAAACCAGAAGCAAAACUGUCCUUGGAGGCUCCCCAGAAUUCAUUUUAUACUGUUGAAGAGGCGUCUUCUUAAUUGAACAUGGCCGUAGCAACUUUGAUCAGCAAGCGUCUGAAGGACGUGCCAGGCAAAUUAAAGGUUGCGGAACUCUUCUUCGAGGUUCCCGUUGACUACCGCCGCCCAAAGGAUGCAACCAUCAGGCUCUUUGCGCGGAGCGUACAGCGACGUUCAUCCUCCGCUGAAAUUGAGCCUGAAGAGAGGAAAUUGCCAUGGGUGGUGUAUCUCCAAGGCGGACCCGGAAUGGGAUGCUCCCAACCCCAAGAUAUUGGCUGGGUUGGUCCCUUUUUAGAUAAAGGAUACCAGGUGCUACUUCUAGAUCAACGGGGAACGGGUUUAAGUUCCCCGAUCACAGCGGCGACUCUGGCCCUGCAGGGGAACGCUGUCAAGCAGGCUGAGUAUCUGCGGAGCUUUCGAGCAGACAGCAUUGUCCAAGACUGCGAAGCUGUACGCAUGUGUUUGACUGCGGACUACCCGUUGGAAAGGCAGAAAUGGAGUGUCCUAGGACAAAGUUUUGGAGGUUUCUGCGCUGUUACCUAUCUUUCGAAAUUCCCCCAAGGAUUGAGAGAGGUGUUCACUACGGGCGGACUUCCACCCUUGGUGACAAAUCCCGAACCCGUACUCGAAAAGACAUACGGGAAACUUCAAGAGCGCAACAAGGCAUAUUAUGGGAAAUUCCCUGAGGACAAGGAGAGAGUACAGACAAUUCUACGCCAUCUAGAACAGAACGAUGUCAAAGUGCCUGAUGGCGGUGCUCUUACCCCAGAGAGAUUCCUGUCUCUGGGAAUUUCUCUUGGCAUGCGAGGAGGGCUUGAUUACGUCCAUGACAUUGUCCUCAGGUGCUCCAAUGAUCUCGAGGUGUUUGGCUUCCUCACACGGCCGACAAUCUCUUUGGUUGACAGUGGUAGUACUUUUGACAACAGCAUUAUCUAUGCCGUCCUCCACGAGGCCAUCUAUUGCCAGGGGGCUGCUUCGAAUUGGUGUGCCGAUAGGGUGAUUCAGAAACUGUCCAGUUUCCGAAGCCGAGGAAAUCCAGAAGGGAUAUUCUUCACAGGAGAGAUGGUUUACAAGAAUCUCUUCGAGACAUCUACCGAAUUAAAACAGAUUAAAGAGGCCGCUGACAUCGUUGCCUCGUACGAUGACUGGCCAGAAUUAUACGACAAAGAACAGCUGGCAAACAAUGAAGUCCCGGUAUACUCAGCCACAUACGUUGAUGACAUGUACGUGCAUUAUGAUUUCGCGAGAGAGACAGCUGCGUCAAUUAAGGGGUGCAAGAACUUUAUCACCAAUACCAUGUACCACAACGCUCUGCGGGCCAACGUGGAGGAGCUUCUCAAGCAACUAUUUGCCAUGCGGGAUGAUACAAUAGACUAGCAGUUUAGAUGCAUCCCAUGUACGACAGAAAAAUGCGUCUGUAACCGUAUGAUUGAUCAUAAUGGAAGAUUUCCUUGCGAUGGACGUGUAGCUGGGAGGGUGUUAGUCAGAUAUAUCUCUCGCAACAUCCACCAGUCGUAAUUUUCGCGAGUCUCUUGGAUGGAAUUGCGCCACUUUGGCUUUGACAAGGAAUCUUGAUACAGCAGAAUCCUUUUCAAGCUCGAUAUAGGAUGAAGUUGAUGCUGCAUCCAAUAGCCUGUCAAUCAAGGCGUGAAACUCCGCUGCCGAAGCAUCCCUUCUAUUGUUGACCGUCGAAGCUGGCCCCUCAACACCGCUAGCUCGACGGCGAACAAGGUCAUCAAUCCGCUGCUGCCUCGAAUCCGCAUCAUCUACAUGCUUUGUUUUGGGCUUCUUCUCCUUGCCAUGAGCUGUAUACCCAGCUUCAAGUGUGCUGUCGGAGAUAUCGACCUGGUCACCCACCACGGGUCCACCCAGAUCUUCAGCUGCCAACAUGGAAGCAAGGUGCUCGUCAACAAAACUCUUCAAUGCAACCUUUAACUCGGCCGUCCUUCUGUCGAGCUCUGUUUCUCUGUUUCGCUCCUUCUGAAUCAGCUCCUUGGCGAGUUGUGAGGGUUUCUUCUUCUUCCUCGCUUCUUGUUGUUGCUGGGUUUGCACGGCCUCCAACCUUCUUCGCAAUUCUGCUGUAAUCAUUCGCGCAUCCCGGAGAUUUGCUUCUUCCGUGUUCAAUCGCUCGCGGUUCGCGACGAGAUCUUGCGUGACGGCGGAGAUGCUGGCUUUGAGCUCUCGAAUCAACCGGAUGGAAUCCCGGAAUACCAAAAGGCCACUGAGAGGGGAGCCAGGUGCGGGCAGCUCUGGUUGUUUGGCAGUGAGAGAUCGGUAGGCAGCAGCAGCUCGACGAGUUUGCGCAAGGCGGGUCGCGGGGUCUAGAUCUGGUCGAGGGAGAUCGAGAGGACUCCUUGCUCGCAG